AUGAACCCUUCCCGGGCGUGCACAGGCGGCGGGCGCAACGACAUCCCCGAGCGGCUGAAGCGGCAGUUCUGCGUGUUCAACUGCACGCUGCCGUCGGAGGCGAGCAUCGACAAGAUCUUCUCGGUGGUGGGCGAGGGCCACUACAACGCCAAGCGCGGCUUCUCGGCGGAGGUGCGCGCGCUCGUGCGCCGCCUCAUCCCCACCACGCGCGUGCUCUGGCAGCGCACCAGGGCGGCGCUGCUGCCGACGCCCGCCAAGUUCCACUACGUGUUCAGCCUGCGCGACCUGUCGCGCAUCUGGCAGGGCAUGGUGGGCACGCUGUGCACCGUCGUGGACAGCGAGAAGGUGCUCAUGGAGCUCUGGAAGCACGAGUGCACUCGCGUCUUCUCCGACCGAUUCACAUUGGCCGCUGACAAGGCGUGGUUUGACCAGGAGCUGUUGAGUGUAGUUGCUGAGAUGCUCGGCCCUAAUUAUUGCGAAAUGGCUGCACCUAACCUAGUAUUUGUCGAUUUCAUGAGGGACGCGCCCGAGCCGACGGGCGAGGAGGGCGAAGACGCGGACAUGGAGCUGCCCAAGGUGUACGAGCCCGUGCCCGACCUGCGGGAGCUGCGCGAGCGGCUCGACAUGUUCCUGGCGCAGUUCAACGAGAUGGUGCGCGGCGCCGGCAUGGACCUCGUCUUCUUCCCCGACGCCAUGUUCCACCUCGUCAAGAUCUCUCGUGUAAUUCGGCACCCUCGCGGCAAUGUCAUGCUGGUGGGAGUAGGCGGCUCAGGCAAGCAGUCGCUCACCAAGUUGUCUUCUUUCAUCGCAGGCUACAAGACCUUCCAGAUCACGCUCACCAGGUCCUACAAUGUUGCAAAUUUCCUUGAGGACUUGAAGCUCUUGUACCGAACAUGUGGUGCCCAGGGCAAAGGCACCACUUUCAUCUUUACCGACCUUGACAUCAAGGAAGAGGGCUUCCUCGAAUACCUCAACAACAUCCUUUCCUCCGGAGUGAUCUCAAAUCUGUUCACCCGCGAUGAACAGGCCGAAAUCAUUUCGGAGUUGACACCUGUGAUGAAACGCGAGAAUCCAAAACGCACGCUCACCCAAGAGCUUGUCAUGGAAUUCUUUCUCACUCGCACCUGCCAGAACCUGCACGUCGUCUUCUGCUUCUCGCCCGUGGGCGAGAAAUUCCGCAACCGAGCGAUGCGCUUCCCGGCACUGGUGUCGGGCUGCACCAUCGACUGGUUCCAGCCGUGGCCGCGCGACGCGCUGGUGCUGGUGGCGCGCCACUUCCUGGCCGACUUCGAAAUCGCGUGCACGGAGCAGGUGAAGGAGGAGCUGGUGAACGCGCUGGGCUCCAUCCAGGACGUCGUCUCCACCACCAGCACGGAGUACUUCCAGAGGUUCCGCCGCGCCACGCACGUGACGCCCAAGAGCUACCUCAACUUCAUCGCGGGCUACAAGAGCAUCUACCAGCAGAAGCAGCGCGAGCUGGGCGAGGGCGCGCGCCGCAUGGACACGGGCCUGGCCAAGCUGGACGAAGCGUCGCACUCGGUGGAGCUGCUCAAGAAGGACCUGGCCGUCAUGGAGCAGGAGCUCGCCUACGCCUCCACCAAGGCCGAGCGCGUGCUGACGGAGGUGACGGCGCGCGCGCAGCAGGCGGAGACGGUCAAGGACCAGGUGCAGAAGGUGAAGGAGAAGGCCGAGGCGCUGGUGACGUACAUCACCGAGGAGAAGGCGCGCGCCGAGCAGAAGCUGGAGGCGGCCAAGCCGGCGCUCGAGGAGGCCGAGGCCGCGCUCAACACCAUCAAGCCCGCGCACAUAGCGACGGUGCGGAAGUUGGGGCGGCCGCCGCACCUCAUCAUGCGCAUCAUGGACUGCGUGCUCAUCCUGUUCCAGCGGAAGCUGCAUCCGGUGAUCGGGGACACUGCAGCGCCAUGCCCCAAGCCCUCCUGGGCCGAGUCGCUCAAGAUGAUGGCGAGCACGACGUUUCUACUGCAGCUGCAGAACUUCCCCAAGGACACCAUCAACAACGAGAUGGUGGAGUUGCUGCAGCCGUACUUCGAGAUGGAGGACUACAACAUGGACACGGCGAAGCGCGUGUGCGGCGACGUGGCCGGGCUGCUGUCCUGGACCAAGGCCAUGGCCUUCUUCCACUCUGUCAACAAGGAAGCGAACCUGACGCUGCAGGAGGCGCGCCUGAAGGUGGCGAUGGACGACCUGGCGCGCGCCGAGGAGCAGCUGGCGGACCGCGAGCGCGCGCUGCAGGAGGUGAAGGAGCAGUACGACGCGGCGGUGAGCGAGAAGCAGCGGCUGACGGACGCGGCCAACGUGUGCCUGCGCAAGAUGACGGCGGCCACGGCGCUCAUCAACGGCCUGGGCGGCGAGAAGGUGCGCUGGACGGAGCAGUCGCGAGACUUCAAGCAGCAGCUGGGCCGCCUCGUCGGCGACGUGCUGCUCGCCACGGGCUUCCUCUCCUACUGCGGGCCCUACAACCAG